AUGCAGUCAGCAAUAAAUAAAGCGUUGAUUGUACUUACAGCCGUGAUAUUGGCUACCAUUGGAGGCUUGCCAUCCUUUCCAGGUGUAAAAGCUCGUUCCGCUUCAGGUAAAAAUAAGUUUGGACCUGAGCGUGUCCGUAUCUCGAUGGACGAGCUGCGUAGGUUUAGCGAAAAAGACUUCAGCAAUGCCACGAAGGCCACACAAUGUUUCACACACUCUCUCUGCGAACACAUGGGCCUGGUGAGCAAUGGCGUUUUUGUGGAGCGUUACAUCAUUAGUUUCCUGGGCGAUGUCACCGAUCCGAAACGCAUGUUGGAACGUGAAUGUUUAGGGCAAUUCAGCGAUAAUAAGUGUGAAAGAGCUCUCCUUAUCCAUCAAUGUUAUCGUGCUGAUCAACGGCUGAUGAAGGAUAAUAUUUAUUUGUUUUAG